AUGAAGUCAAUCGUGGUUUUAGGAGCUGUUUGGGCUCUUGCAAACUUCGGUGCUUCCUUCGCGAUACCGACUCCAGCAACAUGGCUUCAACGAAGGCAUGAGGACGAGUCAAGGGCUGAAUCGUAUGACCGACCCUUUGUUCAUGAAAUCCAGGACUACGAUGCCCCAAACUAUCACAAGAACAAAGAUUCUACUUACAACGAUCGACCAUCAUUCUAUAAUGCUCCAUCGGACAAGCCAAGCUCCUACGACAAGCCAUCCAGCUACGACAAGCCAUCCAGCUACGACAAGCCAUCCAGCUACGACAAGCCAUCCAGCUACGACAGAGCCUCAAAUUAUGACAAGCCAUCCAGCUACGACCGAGCAUCGAGCUACGACAUGCCUUCCAGUUACGAAAAGGCCAAGUCAUGCGACCUACCGAAUUCAUAUGACAAGCCAGCAGGAUAUGAUCGACCAGCAAACUAUGAGUCUGCUCCGGAUUCUUACACCAACAAGCACAGUUACAACGCCAGGCCUGCAAGCUACUAG